AGCGGAUACCGCUGGCUGCAGUCUAUGGCGGCCCUCAAUAGCAACUUCUACGGGGCUGUCCAGCAGCUACUCUACAAGACAGUCUAUAUCACACGUACCCCUCAGUACGACCCGAGUGUCACUCCACAACAAAAGUGAUGAACCACAACUGGUAUUCCAACAUACCUGAAUGUCUGCGUGCUGGCAAGGCAGAGGAGACGCGAUGCCUUCAAAUCGUUAUGCGGGAUGCUGUUCAGUGCCCACUCGGGCUGCUGGAGAUCCUGCAGCAGCUCCAGUUCGAUUUGGCCGUGUGGAACUCGGUUGAAACUAUCGAGGUGUAUGGACUCGGGUUCUUCGCUGGUAGUACUCUUCAGUCACCUGAUGAACAGCGCGCGAUGAUCCGUGACACAUGCCUCUUCUUCAGAACCCAUCUGCCGAACGUCAGAUCUCUGAUGUUUCGCGAGCUGACUGGAGAAUGGGCAGCACGCGACGCUGAUGGUGAUAUGAUUUUUGAGCCUCUUGGGCUGUACUCAGAGCUGCAGCUCCAGUACCUGGCACAGGCUACGGAUGUAGAGCUCAUGCCGCCGUUCCCAGAGGGGGACUAUCCAGCGCUUGGUGACAACACCCGGAACCUCAUUAUGCACUUUAAUGUUCUGGAUCCUCGAACCCCAGUGACAGUGCUGCCUCUGCGUGCCGAAAAUCAGGAGUCGCUGAUAAUCACAGAUAUUGAUGAAGAUCUGACAUGGGAAAAGUUUGACCCCGACAUGACCGGCGUGGUCAAUUUCAGCAAUCUCACAUCUCUGGACCUCAGCUUUUCAGCUGAGCUUGAAGGACUGGUGCCAUAUCUACUACAAGACGUUGAGGUACACUUUCCAAGACUUAGGGAUCUAUCGGUCAAGGAUUCUACGCAGAUCUAUACUGAUUUUUACACUCUGUUUGGCUCGCCAGUGCUUUCUACGGUACGGAUUGCGGAGGACUACAGAGAGCUUCAUCGUGUAAGCACAAACGUAAUCCUACACGCCAAAUCGGUGACUAUUGUCGCCGGUAUCCCCUACGGACACAGGCCUGCCAAGCCGAUUAAGGAGGAAGUCGCGCAUUUGCUCACUGCUGACUCUGACGUCGAGGAACUGUACUUUAUUGGUGCGCGUUAUGCAGUGCCUGAAGACAUUCGCCUAUUUAACCUCCGCAUCUUUUACAUCACGUUACAUACAGUCACGAUUGACGAUAUCGUGGACAUUCUGUGGAUGUUGCCUCGCUUGCAGCACCUACGAAUCUGGUGCAACUCCAUGAGCCACAUGGAUGCUAGUAUUUACCCGAUCAAUAUCCAGCGUGCUAUGCCAGCUGCCGUGCAAAGGUUCAUUAUGCCAGCCAUCACCCCCAAAACAACCACCAUUGCUUCGACUAGCAUUGUUUGGACAAAUUACCCUUCAGCUAGCAACAACAGUUACAGCAGGCUCCUACCAAUAAGGGGAAGACACAUUGACACCAGCACUGGCCCUGUCUAUCCCAUCCCUCCAUCCUGUGAGUUGCUCAAGUUUGAACUUCUUUCAGAAAAGUUUUUCGAUAGGAUUGCGAUCCGCGACUUUGUUGACUGUGUGCCGACACUAUUCUCGGUCACAGUAAACGAUGCCCACCAUGAGGAACUUGCAAGACACUUUGCUGGCAGGAGAGGGAUUGAAAUUUGCUCAUUUGCACCCGCACUUCGCUGAGCUAAUUAAAUAAUAUUGUUUGAAUUUAAUACCAAUACAUUUGAUAUUGGUGGUCGUGCCCGUGUAUGCCACCACCUAUUGAGUA